AUGACUCGUCUUUCUCCUUCUGGAGAAGCUGCCAUCAGCGUCCCCAGUCUUGGGGCGCUGAAGGGCUUUACAUACCCAAGCGGCGUGCGUCAGUUCUUUGGCGUCCCAUACGGUAAUAUCUCCAAGCGGUGGACAAGAGCCCAGCUGGUCACCAGCUGGAAAGAUAACUUCCACGACGGUACUAGACUUGGGAAACACUAUCCCCUUCCACCCGAGUACGACCCGAAGAAGGAUUAUCUAGUCCCUGUCACAGAGACUGAACACUUCUCUCCCUGGGAGGCAAAUGACCUCGAGUGCCUGAACCUGAACAUUGCGUUGCCACCGGCGGACCUCCCCGGUCCCCAUCCGGUGAUGGUGUACAUCCAUGGGGGUGCGUUCUUCCUUGCAGGCCCCCAACAUCCAGUAUUCGACUGCGCACGUCUAGUCACCACCUCAGUUGAGCGCAGAACCCCGGUAGUCACCGUCACCAUCGGCUACCGGGUCGGGCUGGGCGGGUUCCUGGCCUCUCGCGAGAUCCAGCAAGAUCUAGCAAGAGACAACCACUCUGGAGCCGGCAACUUCGGCCUGACAGACCAGCAGAUCGCUCUCCACUGGGUCCAGAAAUACAUCGGCCUCUUCGGCGGCGACGCCAACAACGUCACUCUCUUCGGCGAGUCCGCGGGCGCAAUCUCCAUCUCGCACCACCUGCUCGCAGCCGAGCCCCCAAAGUUCGACCGCGCAAUCCUCAUGUCUGGAACACUCAACCUCGCCCCCGCAUGGCCGCUUGAAAAGCACCAAAGGCGGUACGACGAACUCCUCCGAUUCCUCAACAUAGACCCAGCGGCGCCAGACACCCUCGACCAGCUCCGCCGCGUGUCCCAGGACGCCCUCACAGCAGCAACAUGGUCCAUCGAGCACGCCGACUUCCCAAUCUACAACCCCUGCUACGACGGCGUCUUCCACCGCGCAGACCCCCUUCUGCUGCGCGUUGCCCCGCUGCCCCCCUGGCUCAAGGGCUUCAUGGCAGGCGAUACCCGCGACGAGGGCUUAUUGUGGCGCCUCGUCCUCCGCAAAUACACCUACACCCACUUCCACACCCGCAUGGGACGGUUCCUGACCCCCGCGGAAACAGCCAAGAUCCUAGCCCUAUACAACAUCACCGCUGAAUCUGAAUCCAACUCCCCAGACGCGUUCUUUCAGGGCCUCGAAGCCCUCAUCCGAGACGUACUCUUCGUGAUCCCCAACUACAUCCACUUCCACGAGCCCGAAGCUUCGCCCUCGCCCUCGGCCAAGCCCAAGCCCCGGAUCCCGAUGUUCGCCUACCACGUCGACCAGCAAUCCACGCUCGCGAACCCGCUCAAGGGCACGGCGUACCACGCCAUCGACCUCCUGUACGUCUUCCAGAACGGCGAUGAUAUGUCCGCGGAGCAGCAGGCGCUCGCUCGGCAGAUGGGCGGCGACUUCAUUGACUUUGCGUACGGGCGGGAUCCGUACAAGCGGGUUGACGCGGGCGGGGCCAUGGUCUAUGGGCCUGAGAGCAAGGCUGUGUGGAAGACGGAGGAGGCGGACGAGAGCGUGAGGGGGUAUGCGAGGAUGAAGAGCAUUCUGGAGGAUGGGCUGUAUCAGCGGCUGUUUGCUGCGGUGGAUGAUAUUGGGGGGGAGAGGCAUCGGUUUAUGAAUCGGUGA